AUGAAUUUAGUGACGAACCUGCUGUUGGAGACGUCGUUGCAGCCUGUACGGGCGGCGGCUCUAGAAGGCUACGCACACUCCUCGUCUUGGGCUUGCUCCCCUUGCCCCCCUUUGUUCCAGGAGCAGAAGCACGAUCUCCAGCAGAUGCCAUCGACGCGCGGGGUGGGGAGUGACGACCGGUGGCCGGCGGGGUGGGGAAUGGCGACCGCCAGGAAGAGAGGAACGGAGAAGGCAAGUGAGGGAAAUAGGGAAUACGGGAGUGGAGGUGGAGAUGAUGACGGGGAUGAUCGGACGAUGAAGAGACGACGAGGAUGGUGGCGAUGGCGUGAUGAUCGGAUGAAGAUGAUGAUGAUGGUGAGAGAUCGUGGCAGCGAUGAUGCACGGAGGGGGUGA